CUCAUUCUUUGUUUUCUCUAUUAAAAUAAAACCCAAAUAAAGUUCUAAAUUUUAAACGGCUCCUUCGUCUUCAUCCUCUUCUUCUUCGAUAAAUCCGAGCUCUAGGGUUAGGGUUUCAUACCACUUCUUCUCCUUCUCGGAUCUCUGGAGCUGGGGUUCGGCGAUCGGAGCUUGGGGCGAUGAAGAGAUCGAAGCUGGAGGCAAUGGCGUCGGUGACCCGGCAACGAUCGAUGCAGAUGUUGCUGGCAUUCGCGCUUAUCUACGUUGCGCUUGUCUUCCUUCUCGAAUUCCCCUUCGUGUCCCGCCGGAUCUCUGCGACGCCCUCCGGCGGCGCUGUUGGACGCCGCCUUGGAGACGCUAUGGUGAAAUCGCUGGCCCUCGAUGGCGAGCGGGACCUUGGGCGUAAGUCAGCUCCUGCACGUCCUUCCAUACAGCCGUAUAAGGUAUCGGAUUCCUCUAGCGACUCGCCGAACAGCGGCCUCCCCCGCCAUUCCCUUAUUCUUUCCGGUCUUGUGUUCGCUGACCCCAAUGUCACCGCCCAUGGCGCCUUCUCCGAGCUCCAUAAGGCGGCGCGGGAUGCGUGGGCUGCGGGGGAGAGGCAGUUUAAGGAACUAAGAUCCAUGCCGGUGUCCAGGCUCACGUCCGAUGAGAGCAGUGCCGCGGAGAUGGAGAAGUGCCCGCACUCGAUCAUGUUGAGCGGGGUGGAGCUGAGGGAAAAGGGGAAGGUGAUGGAGCUGCCAUGCGGUCUGACGUUGGGGUCGCACAUCACGCUGGUGGGGAGACCGCGCAUCGCCCACCCGGAGAAGGAUCCGAAGAUCUCGUCCCUCCGCGAGGGGGAGCAAACCAUGAUGGUUUCUCAGUUCAUAAUGGAGCUGCAGGGGUUGAAGACGGUGGAUGGAGAGGACCCCCCGAGGAUCCUGCAUUUCAAUCCAAGGCUGAAGGGUGAUUGGAGCGGCCGGCCGGUCAUCGAGCAGAACACUUGCUAUCGGAUGCAGUGGGGAUCUCCCCUCCGUUGUGAGGGCUGGAGGUCCCGUGCUGAUGAUGAGACUGUUGAUGGGUUUCGUAAGUGUGAAAAAUGGAUACGUGAUGAUGAUGACGGGUCAGAAGAGUCUAAAACAAUGUGGUGGUUAAACCGUUUGAUCGGUCGAACUAAGAAGGUCUCCGUUGAUUGGCCCUACCCUUUUGGUGAGGGCAAAUUGUUUGUUCUAACUCUAAGUGCUGGUCUGGAAGGGUAUCAUAUCAGUGUGGAUGGAAGACAUGUGACUUCUUUCCCCUAUCGCACUGGUUUUGUCCUUGAUGAUGCAACUGGAUUGUCAUUGACUGGGGACCUUGAUGUCCAAUCCAUAUUUGCUGCAUCCUUGCCCACAUCACAUCCUAGUUUUGCUCCUCAAAGACAUCUAGAAAUGUCCAUUGAGUGGCAGGCCCCACCGCUUCCUGAUGGACCUGUUGAUCUGUUCAUUGGAAUUCUUUCAGCAGGCAACCAUUUUGCUGAACGCAUGGCUGUGAGGAAGUCAUGGAUGUCCUCUAUAAGGGGUUCAUCAAAUAUUGUUGCUCGAUUUUUUGUUGCUCUGCAUGGAAGAAAAGAAGUGAAUGCUGAGUUACGGAAAGAAGCAGAGUUCUUUGGUGAUAUUGUCCUCGUUCCUUUUAUGGACAGCUAUGAUCUUGUUGUUUUGAAAACUGUGGCUAUAUGUGAAUACGGGGUUCGAGCAGUUUCUGCAAAGUAUGUCAUGAAGUGUGAUGAUGACACAUUUGUUAGAGUUGAUGCAGUGAUGAAACAAGUGGAAAAAAUUCCACAAGGUAAAAGCUUGUAUAUCGGGAACAUUAACUACUACCACAAACCCCUGCGAUCUGGGAAAUGGGCUGUGACCUAUGAGGAAUGGCCUGAAGAAGAUUAUCCACCUUAUGCUAAUGGUCCUGGCUAUGUUGUGUCAUCAGACAUUGCAGAUUAUAUCGUGUCAGAUUUUGAGAAACACACAUUAAGGCUAUUUAAGAUGGAGGAUGUGAGUAUGGGCAUGUGGGUUGAGCAAUUCAACAGCUCAAGGCAUGUGGAAUAUGUCCAUGAUCUCAAGUUCUGCCAGUUUGGAUGCAUUGAUGGUUACUUCACUGCCCACUACCAAUCCCCAAGGCAGAUGAUGUGCAUGUGGGAUAAGCUACGGAUGGGAAAACCACGGUGCUGUAACAUGAGAUGAUAUUAACCUGGCUAUACGAAGAAGUGAUUUUGCAGCAACAGCAGCAAUGUAUAUUCUCAAUGCAGGCUUCUGAUAGAGAACCUUGAACUGUUUUAUCGCCCAUCUGGAUUCAUUAGCCCGUCUGGAUUCAUUAGUUACGUACAAUAUCUCUUCUGGAAGAGUAAAGAUGUAUCAAGUUGUUUAUCAUAUUAGGAAUUCAAAGGACUGUUCUUUCACCGAUGUCUCAUUGGUGUUGGUUGCAGUGGCUUCAAACAGGACCAGGUUCACUUCAGAAAGACAGUACGGACUCUCUCCCUCUUUCUCUCUGUUCCUUCUCUCCAGUUUUGUUCUGUAAAUUUACACUGCCAUUGGGCUGGAAUGCCAUGAGUUUUUACCGGCCACACUUGUUCCGGCCCUCAUACAUGUCUCAAUAUUUAGAAAGACUGAAAUACAGUUUGCGGUUAAUUUUCAA